AUGGUGACGGACCAAGACAGUAGGCACCCGAUACUAUCCAAGCAGCCAGCCUACGUGAAUAAACAACGGCAAAAAAGACAGCAGAGAUCUUCUGUCGCAUGCCUUUCUUGCAGGAAACGUCACAUUAAAUGCCCUGGUGGUAAUCCUUGUCAAAAAUGUGUUACGAGCAAUGCCAUAUGCGAAUACUUGGAGCCGUCAAAAAAAAUUGUCGUGUCGACAAAGUAUCUGCAGCAAUUGCAAAAGGAUUUGAACGAUAAAACUGAAGAAAAUAACCGCUUAAGGGCUUUACUCCUAGAAAAAGCGGUUAAUUUAUGUGGCAAGGACAAGAGCGGUGCUGUGGAGAAGCACACGAACGACCCGCCGUCAAGUGACACAUUAGAAGUAUCCAGCGCUCCAGCAGCUCCUAUAUUUGACCUGAUAUCCAAUAGUAACACUGCGUCCGAUAAUGAAGAUGAUGAAAACAGCAACAGAAACGCAAAUAAUAGGAGUUACAAUCAUUGCCUGGAAAAAUAUUACAAAAAGGCCAUUAGUAUCUUCAAACAACCAGCUAACGCUAAUAGUGAUAAUGAUAACAAUGCUAAUGAUCAUGACGAUGAUGAAGAUGAUGAAGAAAUUUCAACAAAUUUUGCUCAAAGAAGUGGUAGGCUCAUAGAAUCCCACAACGGAUUUCAUUAUUUUGUAGGAUCUUCUUCAAUGACUUUAUUUGGGUUAGAAAUUCAAUCUUUGGUUACCAAGUAUAUUUCGAUCAAAAAUUUUCGACCUUUGCCAAUAAAUACCAAAAAUGAAAUUCUAAAUUCAAACUUGAACCCGACUAUAAGUUCUUUUAUAAAUUCUAACAAUUAUCUUUUCUCAUCCUAUAAUUUUUUGAACCCUAUAUCAACUAUUGUCAUCUUAAACUCAAUCAACGAUAAUUUGUCUCCGUUGAUGUUUAAAAUAAUACUGAAAAACGACACCGAUGGAAGUAGCGGCCAAGAAGAUGUAAUACAGUUUCAAUUACCUUCAUACAAUUACACUAAACUAUUAAUUGACUGCUUUAUAAAUUAUAAUGAUGGCUGUUUUUACUUUUUCAACGAAGGCCUGGUUAAAUGUGGCAUUAAUAAACUGUAUUUGGAAAAUAAAUGGCUGUACUACGAUAAUACCAAAAAAGCUUUGGACAAUGAAAAUGACCCAAUUUUACAAGCUGUUUGGUUUUGCAAAAUUUUGCUAAUUUUAGCAGUAGGUGAAAUGUAUCUGGGCUCCAUUAAUAAUGAAAUGUUGAAGAAUUAUUCUAAUCAGCCAAAAUUGCCUGGUUCAAAAUUUUUUCAAAUGGGUUCUAAAAUUUUCAAUUGUCUGUUUUCUAGUGAAAGGUUAGAAAACGUGACGAAGAAGGGCGGUAUUGAAGUCCUGUUGUUAUAUGCGUUUUUCUUACAAGUGGCUGAUUAUACUUUGGCCUCUUACUUUUAUUUCGGUCAGGCCCUUAGGACCUGUUUAAUUCUAGGCUUACAUGUUGAUUCUCAAAGCGAUACUCUAUCCAGGUAUGAAAUCGAACAUCAUAGGAGACUUUGGUGGACGGUUUAUAUGUUUGAAAGAAUGCUUAGCUCAAAAGCUGGGUUACCAUUAAGUUUCACUGAUUAUACAAUCUCUACAGCAUUGCCAGCAGAUAUUGAUGAUGAAACUGCUGAAGACAAGAAUAAUCAUUACGUUUUUAGAAAAGCUGAGCUAAUUUCUAAUUGUGUUACUAUUGUGAAAAUCAAUGCACAAAUUUUGAGUAAGUUAUAUCAAAGGCAACCUGAAACCAAUAUCAUAAUUACUUUAAAGGUUGUCAUUAAGCAGCUGUUGGAAUGGAGGAACAAUCUAUCCGAUUCCCUACAGGUGGACUUUACGCAAAAGGAUGAAGAUUUCAAAAUAUCAAGAUUGUCAACCAAUAUGUUUACGGAAUAUUUCCAAGGAAUCAACUUGGCCAUAAGACCUUUAUUAUUUCAUUUUGCAUCCAUCCAAUUGAAAAGGUUCAAAACAAGCAAUACUUUCGUCAAUUUACAAAACUAUUCUGCGACGAUAUCUUCCCUGUUAACAUGUUCCUUACAUGCCUCUGUCAAUACCAUUAGGUCUCUGUGGAGCUUAUUACAAAAUAAUAUGCUUGCUAUGUUUGGCUAUAUGGACAGAGAGUAUCUUUUUACUUCUUCCUGUACUUUAUUACUAUUCAACACUGCUUUCGGUAUUCAUGAACAAACACUAUAUCAUUUGGAUCAUUCUCUGGAAAUUUUCACGCAAAUGAGGAACUUAGGAAAUAUUCCAGCAGGGUUAAGAAGAGCACAGUUACUAACAUUAAUGGCAAAUUUGGAUUUUCAUGGCAUAAUGAAUGACUUGAUCACCAAAUAUAACGAUAUUUUGAAGUUCGAUUCCAUGAAUUGUGAAAACGAUAAUGUAAUGGAGGAUAGUAAUGAACUCAAAAGAGAAUAUGAGAAGCGUAAAAUUUACAAAGACGGCGAUCGCAUUGACCCUUCAAUUAUAGACUGCGAUAAAUCGAACACCAACGCAAAUAUAAUCAAGAAUGAAUCUAUAUCAAACAUUGUCAGCAUGCUUCCAGAAAGCACAAAGCCAACGCUGAUCGAUCAUAGUAAUGGUAAUAAUGAUGUUGAUGACAUCAACGUCAAUAACUCGGAACCCUCAACCUUUUUUGAUAUUAUAACCGCGAGCUUGGAAAACUCGUACCAAACUACGCUAACUGAAAAGGGUUCCCAGGUGAUGGAAAAGAACAUGGAUCAGUUAGAUUCCGUUCAUAACUUAAAUGAUGACGACUUACAACAAUUGUUAGAGGAUUUAGGCAAUAUUGAUCAUUCUGAUGAAAAACUUUGGAAAGAAAUCACUGAUCAAGCAAUGUGGCUGGGUAAUACUAUGGAUCCAACUGCAGCCGCUGGUAGUGAAAUUGACUUUACUGAUUAUUUAGGACCAUAA